GCUACUGAAAGAUAGUUUGUAUUAGCUAGCUUACAGUAAUCACAAGCUCGCUAUCUAGUUGCAGGGUUCCAUUGUCAUCUUUUACAGUGUUGGUCUACCCCAAUCUCUCAUGUAUCCAUAAAAAUAGCAUAUUCGAUGGGUAACACUAAGAGAUAACAUUACAGGAACGUGGCAAGUUGGCUAGCUAGCUACAUUACAGAGAUAUGCUUGUUUUAUUUUGACUAUGUCGUCUCCGGACCUUUCUGCCUCUGAGCAACCAGGAUUGUCAAUGUAGGUUAAAGCUGGGCUGAAGCAAAAUCCUGAUCACGCAGUAGCUCUCAAGCACCCUGAGCAAGAAGGGUGGUGAGUCAUAUAUAUCGGGCUAUAGCAUCAAGGCAUGUGCCCCUGAAUGACAUCAAGAUGGUCCACCUGGAUUCCCACCCAGACCUCCUCAUUCCUGUCAAUAUGCCUGCAGACACUGUGUUUGACAAGGAUGCAUUGCUCAGUGAGCUGAGCAUCGAGAACUGGAUCAUGCCUAUGGUCUAUGCUGGGCACGUGUCUCAUGUGGCAUGGCUCCAUCCCUACUGGGCGCAGCAGAUCAAGGAAGGAGAGCACACCUUUUUUGUGGGAAAAGACUCCUCCACAACCACUAUCAGAGUUACAAGUAAGGACGAUUACUUUUUAAGUGACGGCCUGUAUGUUCCUCAGGAUCAGCUGGAGAAUCCUAAACCUUUGGGACUGAGUGUUGUCCGAGUGAACCCUCUGGAGUGUUGCCAGAGGGAAGACCGGGAGAGCGAGGGGACGAGCCCUGCUAAAAGACCCAGAACAGAGUGCAAGUUAGCUGGGAAUAUGGCAAAACCCUCCUCUGCUUCAGAGUCCCAGCCUGAUAGAAGCUCUGGUAGCUGUACCGACAGAGUUCAGCCACCAGGUGGCAGUAGAACAGCAGAAAGCAGAAGCAAUGGAAACAGCAAAGAGGAUAAGGAGUCAUGCAAACAGCCUUGUUCAAAAACUGGCAAUCAUGAGGGCUCAACAUCCCACGCUGUGCACAGCCUUCUCUCUGUUAUAAAAACAACUGAUCCAUAUAUACUUGAUAUUGAUCUCGAUUUUUUCUCUUGUAAGAAUCCCUUCAAGGAGUUGUAUACCCAGGAGGAGUACACUAUUCUACAGGAGCUAUACAGCUUCAGGAAACCUGGUGAAGACCUAAAUGAGGAGGAACUGACGGAGUGUGUGGAGAGACGAAUCCGCCAGUUGGAGGAUCUGGAGGCAGCGUUUGCAGACCUGGUGGAGGACGAUAGCGAGGAGACAGUCAGGCGGUGGGCUGCCAACCCUGGAAUGACAUCUCUGGUCAAAUUAGUGGCCAGCCUGCAGAAUCGUAACGAGUCCCCCGACUACGAAAUGGUUCACCAGGCAGGAUUGACCUGUGACUACUCCGAGCUGCCCCACCAUGUCAGUAGUGAGGAGGAGAUUAAGAGAUUGGUCCUGGCUGUGGAGCUCAUCUUGCAGGCGCUGCCCCAGCCCACCCUCGUCACUGUGUCCAGAUCUAGUCUGGAUGAAUACUGUCCAACUGAACAGGUCAACUCCAUUCAGAGUCGGAUACUAGCCAUUUUGGAGUCUCUAUACGGAUCGUUGGACGUCCACAAGGAGUACGAGAUGACAACAGAUGACAACACGGCCAAGGCAUUAUAGCACACCACCGGGAUGGCUGGACCCAUUCAUUUGGGACUCAUCCAUAGGAUAACUCACAACUUGUUCAUCAUUCACUCAUCACUCAUGCUAUCGGGAUUCUAAAUAUAUAUUUUUCCUACUUCAAAAAGGAAUUUGUCUGGACAAGGACACAGUAGAGUAAAUACAUUCAGGUAUACGACAUGAAAGUCAGCAUUUAAGUAAAUUAGAUAUUUUUCUAAAAGCAGUUUUAUGGAAUUAACGUCACAUCAUGCUUAGGGUAAACAUUCUAAGCAGGUGCAUCUGCCUCUUAUUUCAGCUAAAGGAGAAUGUUUAAAUCUUUAAAAGGUUGUCUUGGCAUGUUUGGCAGAAGCUUUAGUGACAAAGACUGCUCGGCUUGGUGUUGGAUCAUGGUUUCCCAUGGCUUUCUCAGCGCCUGAUCUUAACUGAACUGAAAAUUAAUUGGAAUGUAUUCUGUUUUGGAAAUGUUUUGGAACUCACGUGGUCCCACGCCCUAUUAAGAAAUGUUUGUGUUUCCAUGUUUGUCACAUGCGUGUACUGUGUAUCUAACCGUGUAUGCAUGUGUGUUAUUUAUGUAUGGCUCAGAGUGGAGAAGUGAUGUGUUGCAUUUUGCAAAAGAUUUAGUUGAAUGUUUGAAAAUCAAGAUAGCCGUGGAUUCCGACAUAAUACAAGUAAUUUGUUUUUAUACCAAAUGCAGUGAUGGCAAGGACAAUGGUUCAACUCUAGGAAUUAGUUAUUAAAUAAAAAAUAUUUUUGUGACUAUUUCUUGUUGCAAAUUUUUCUCAAAUCCUUUCUAUAAUGUGAUGCAUCCCAUAAUAAAA